AUGCACGUUCCGUGGAGCCUCAAUGUGGUGUUGGCCCUCUCAGGGUUGAUUGUGUGUCAAACACUUCCAAAAGACCCUUCAGGCCCCGACGACCCUCCUGCUUUUCCUGGUCAUGGAGAACUUGGGACUGAAGGCAAUUGGCUCGGGAUCAGGUUGUUCAAAUACUCUGGCUGUGAUUCCGGCCAGCAGAAGAAAAUCAACGAUGCUUAUUGGGAUAUGUACAAAAUUCUCGAUACUCCGGGAGUCGGACGAGAAGUCGACUUCAAUUCGGCGGCGGCCCUUGAGUUCUUUGGGCCACCUGCACUGAACAGAAACGAACAGAAGGGAAUACUCCAUGUAUUAGACAGGCUAUCGACAAAUUGGCCGAGUUUUGCCAAUCCAUUUGCCCAUUGGAUCCAUGUCCGGUGUGAUGACCCCUCUAAGCUAUGUACUCAUCCCGAGGAUCCUUGCCAACCAAACAAUCGGCGGAUACUAGAUCUAGCGACGGCCGAAACCGUUGCAUAUUCAGCAAAUCGAGAUUCUGAAUCCGGCUAUCCCCGAAUCAACUUUUGCCCAAUUUUCUUCAACAAUGCUGAAUACCCCUAUCUCCAGAAUGCAGUAGCAAAAGGGGUACUUUUGCGGGAACCCUUUAAGUAUGACCUGAACUCGUACCACAAGAAUAAAGCCACCAUUUUUCUCCACGAGAUGUGCCAUUUGGACCUUGCCGUAGGCUCUCCGGACAAGGUACCCCACAUUCGUGAUAUAUCCAUUGUCUAUGAAGUCUUGGGCUCUGAGGGAGAAAAGUAUGAAACUGGCAUUGCAUAUGGACCACGCCUCACGAAGAUCUUGGCUCGAAUGGAUCUAGAAACGGGGAAAUGGGUUCAACGAAAUGCGGAUAAUUUUGCCCUGUUUGCCACGGCGAAACAUGUCCAAAAAGCCCUCGGUAACAUUUAUCCACACUACCCAGUCGUUGCCGAGAGAGCGGAGAUCCCCCCUGACCUUCCGCCUCCUCAACUUACUACUUUCACUAGGACCAGCAACGGUGCCGUGUUCGAUUAUUCGCCCGGUGUGAAUGGUACAUAUUGCGGACCAGGCGACGUGGACUUGACCAAGAGGCGUCUAAUAUCGGACUCGACUUAUCCAGCGGCAUACAGGAAAGAGAAAGCGCUAAAAAUCGAAGCUCUCUGGCCAUCUUCGGAAUUAAAGGGCAAAAACCUGAAGAUUCUCCCGCUUGGUGGUACAAUAGCCCCAAGCAGCUCCCCCAAGAAAUACUCAAUCACUUUUGGCUACGGAAGCAGCCACGGGAAUGGAUAUCGAGGGGAGCUAUUGGGAAAGCUCUCCGGGAACUUUGUCGAUAUGAUUGGUUCUGUGAAGUCCGGGAACAUGGCUGACAAUGAUAAUGAAGGGCAUAGUGGCGCCGUUAUCGACGGCAUUGCAUCGCACACCGGAGCUUACAGCCAGAAGCCCAAUAUUGUUCUUCUUCAUGCAGGAACAAACGAUAUGAACAAUCCUACUUCGCCCAAUACGGCGCCGGCCCGUCUAGGGAGCCUGAUUGACCAGAUUCUCAGAGCCUGCCCAGAUGCUGUUGUCCUGGUGGCUCUGAUUAUCCCAGCGACUAAUGCGGAUACCAAUGGUCGCAUCAAUCUAUAUAACGACGAGGUUGCCUCGAUUGUCAAAUCUCGUUUUAGAAGCGGGAAGCAUGUCCUUCUUGUUGAUAUGAACUCCAUGCUCACAGACUCGCAUCUUGGAGAUGGGCUACAUCCAAACGAUGAAGGCUAUAGCGUUAUGGCCGACGCAUGGUUCCGACAUAUCAAGAUCGCAGAAGGUUUGGGCUGGAUCAAAACAGCUUCUAAUACCAAACCUCGCGAAGAAUGUCCACGCCUGCCCACCUGGAUAGAGCAAGGACAGAUUGCAAAUGGCGCAGGGUUAGGUGGUGAUACUCCUAACAUCGUAGCCUGUGGCGUAUCAUCAGUCCACUCAUCGAAUUGCGUUUGCUUUGACCGAGUUACUAAUACGACUUAUAACUUCGACCAAGGAUCACCACCAGACUGUCCAAACUUUUUUAGAACCCAUGCAGUCCGUUUUGCCGACCUAAAUGGAGAUGGGAGAGAUGAGUAUCUCUACGUGGACUCCCGCGGGGCGGUCACCGCAUUCCAAAAUCUUGGGUGGAAAUACGUGAAUGGUACCACCGGUACCGUCACUUGGUGGCCGAAGGGUAAGAUUGCCGCCGGCGUUGGGACAUUAAACUGGCAGAUUCACUUUGCGGACAUCAACGGGGAUGGCCGUGCCGACUAUCUUUCAGUGGAACCGGACGGCUCUGUGAAGAUGUGGCUCAACGUCUUGGAUGACCCAUCCGACAUCUCCAAAAUCACCUGGGUGCAGCAGGGCACCAUCGCAACGGGAAUAGGGAAACCCGGGGUUGGAGUCCGAUUUGCUGAUAUCAAUGGCGACGGCAGAGCAGAAUAUCUGUAUGUUGACCCGGUAGGAGCCGUCACUGCUUAUCUUAACGCCGGAUUUACCUACGGCAACAACAAGGAUGGGACGGUGGUCUGGAUUCCACAGGGUUUGAUAGCCACCGGAGUUGGGCCUGGCAGACGUGAGGAUAUCAUCUUUACAGACAUCAAUGGCGAUGGGCGCGCUGACUACCUGUGGACUGGUGAGCGCGGAUCUGUGAAACUCUGGCAAAAUCUAGGAGGCCCGGACAAUGGGCCGAACGCUGCCAAAGUUACGUGGUGGGAACGUGGCUUAAUUGCUUCUGGAUCUACUACAUAUUCCAAUGAAAUCGUAUUUGGCGAUGUGACUGGCGACGGACGAGCAGAUUACCUGUGGCCCGACCUUAAAACGUCAGCAGUGAAAGCUCGACAAAAGGACGGGAUCACUUCCGUGGAUAUUUAUAGGGAGAAUACGAUGUUGAUAGUAUUGUACUACAUCGUUGUAUAUAUGCAAAUGGUUCAAUUGACAGGAUCACUGCAGCAAGUGAAGCAAUCCGAUACAUCAUUAGAAGACAAUAGCAUAGUAUAG